AUGACAACGCUGAUGGCUUCGCUUCUUUGGCUCCUUGCCUGCCUGAGCUGUGUUUCAGCGGUUCCUGUCGAGGUGUUUGCCAGCAACGACACCUCCAUACUCAGGCGUGGCACCACAAAUGCACUGCAAUACCCAUACUCCCUUCAACUCCUUCUUAGCGUCGCCGGGGUCCACCAAUACCGCUGGUUCAUCUACCAAGGCCCUCAAGGUAUCGCUGUCGAUCCCUGUCAGGAUCAUGACGGGCAGAUGCCCGCGGAAUUCAAGCGCGUAUUCUAUGGUUCGAUGUUCCAGGAUGAGGAUGAUGCUAUCAACCAUCCCCCAUUUCCCGAUCGCAAGGUAUACACCAAGAUCGAAUACUCUAAUUACGAUGACUGCAAGUACAUAGGCACGGGUAUCGAUGCUGGACAAUUCCGAUGUGGAGACCACUACAUCAUCGAUUGCGCGAAGGACCCUGGAUAUGAUGAGGCUACUAUGAAGUGUGAUGAUGAUCAGCUGCCGAAGUUCCAUCGAGGAUCCAAUGAUAUCUUCUAUCUCCUACACCAGUCCAACACAUUCUAUCAAAUAUCACAACACUCGCUCACAUCAUACGACCAAAGCACCCAAAGAUUCACGAGAAUGAUGACUUCUUGGUUCACCUUCCUUGUAGGCAUUACCGCUUGCCUCGGCUUCGCUCUUGCCGCACCCGUUGAGGAAGCCGCAAGCGAUGUCACUCCAGGCGUGCUGCGAGGCCAGGGCCCUUACCCCUACUCUCUACAGAUCCAAGUUUCGGAGGUCAAGCCCUUUUACUAUGUUUGGGAUAUCUUCCAAGGACCUAGCGGCAUUGCUGUGUACCCUUGCGGUGAUACUCGCUUCGAGAAGGUCUAUCAUGGCGAGCCCGGAUGGCAUACCGACAAGCUAGACAUGGUUCAGCCUCCCUUUCCCCAGAACUAUGAACCGUUCGUUCCGGAGUUUGACGUCAAGAUCAAGUACGGCAGCCGUAAUAACUGUGUCUAUCACGCUACUGGUGUAGACCCUGGUCAAUUCCAUUGCGGCGACGAGUACAUAGUCGACUGCAAAAAAGAUUUUAGUCUUUUCGUUUACUUUUACCUUACCACCGAGUUGCACUGCCACCACUCGAACGAGCAAACUUACAAACCACUCACCAUGUUCGCGUGGUUCACUUUCCUUAUAUACGUGUCCGCAAGCCUCUUGCUUGGCUACAGUCUCGCAAUACCUAUGCAGAACUUGAGCAUGGAGUUGCACAAUAACCGCACCACACACGGCCUUCAAGCCGAGGGGUAUACCAACUCCAUCCAGAUCAUGCUUGAUCGGGAAUCAUACAGGGACUACUAUUGGGAGUUGUUCGUAGGUCCGUACGGCAAGAAAGCAAAUCCUUGUGGGACAAACCACAAACCGUUCCGUCUCGCGGCCAUGUCCGGUGUCUUCGAUUACGGACGAAAUGAUAUCGGUCAUCCCCCGAACCCACCUGCGAUGGAGCUUUCCUUUGUAGACAAUAGCAAGAACGAGUGCAAGUGGAAAACCGACGGCGGCGGUGACCCCGGUCAACUCAUCUGUGGCGAUUGGAUGAUUAUGGAUUGCGAGCGAGACGCGAGCUGGAACGACGGUGCUAUCAAUUGCCAUGGCUUCUCAGUCCAUCGAGGCUGGGCUUAUACGAAAAUGCUGUUCUCAUUGUUCAUCAGCAUAGUCGCUUUCUUACUGGGCACGGCUUCCGCUUACCCUACCGAGGACCCCGUCACACAGGACUUCUACGAUGCCUCCAUCCAGGUCCUCCUUAACCGAGCAUCGGGUACCGAGUACUACUGGGAAAUGUUUCAAGGCCCAUCUGGCAAGCUGUUCAGCCCUGUACCUAUCCUGAUCCGUUCAAAUUUGCCUCCAUCAAUGGCCCCUACCAUUACGGGCGAGACGCCAUCGACAAUCCCCCGAGUGCUCCUGCUGCGACAAGUCUUCCAGAUUGAUAUCGUUACUUCGCUUCAACUCGUGUUGGGCGAAAUGCUCGGCAACCACUUCUGGUGGCUCUUCCAGGGCCCUCAGGGCAUUGCAGUCGACAUGUGCGGCCUUGACGAGCAAUUCGAGCUGCUUAAGUUAUGGCCUCAUCCUGGCACUGCCAACAUAGACAGUCCGCCUUUUCAACUA